GUGGAUGAAGAAGCUAUGUUCUCCAUGACCGGACAAGGAACAAACAGAUACUUUGACAAAGCCCUCCAGUACAUUUCCUACGCCAAUGGCAAAAUAGGGGUGAAUGCUGAACACGCAUGCAGUGAUGCUACGAUGCCAGGUCGCAUCUGGGAAUACAUUUUGGCCAAGGAGCAGUACAAUGAAGAUGGAAGUGUCCCCAAAGCCCCUGAGGCCAUUGUGCAGAAACUACAGACACCAACCAAACUUGAAUGGGACCUAUGCGAUGUUGAAAAUGAAAUCACUGAAUCUCUUGAACACUUCAAGAAACUGGCGAACGGUUUUGUGUCAAAGAGUGUGUUCGCGGAUUAUGGCAAAGGCUUCAUCAAAACCAAGAGGCUCAGUCCUGAUGGAUACAUACAGAUGGCGAUUCAACUGGCAUACUUUAAGCUGAAUGGAAAAUGUGUGAAAACAUAUGAGUCUGCAUCCACGAGAAUGUUUGCUGAUGGGCGUACUGAAACAAUACGACCAGUGACGGAGUCUUCAGUAGCCUGGUGCAAGGCCAUGUCGCUGAUGAAAGGGACAACUCGGGAACAGAAGAUCUUGCUACUGAAACGGGCCAUCAACGCACAGACCAAGCUGAAGAACGAGGCCGUGGUAGGGCUCGGGUGGGAUCGUCACAUGUUUGGGCUCUUUGCCUGCUGUAAAGAACUUCAGAUGGAGCUCCCCAGUGUGUUCAAAAACAAGUACAUGUUCAUGCCAGAUGUAUUGAGCACAUCUCAGACUCCAACAAAGUACACGGAUAUAUGGAAGCAGGAGAAGUCGUGUUUAGGCGGCGGCUUUGCUGCAGUGAAUCCAAAUGGCUAUGGCGUCUCCUAUAUCAUUGUUGGAGAAGAUCUCAUCCUUUUCCAUGUGAGCGCAAACAAGUACUCCGAGGAGACGUCAGCGCACAAAAUGACUGAUGCCAUCAUGGACUCCAUGAAUGAAAUACGGGAUCUGCUUAACUAAAUCCAAGCUGUAGAAGAAGGAAAUAUUUUUUAUUUUGACAUUCUGUAAGCUUAAACAAUUAGGCAUUGCAAUGUGGUAAUAUUUACACAUGUAGCUUACAGAUUAAAUAUACUUUUAGUGAAGUUACACAGCUAUUGUGACCGUUAAAAUGUAUUGCAGGAUAAUGUGAAUCUUUACCAGUGAUAUUUGAAAUCAUCCCUGUGAGUAACAUGUAUGUUUUAAACAAUUGAAAUCUAAAAUGGUGUUUAUCUUAUAUCAAACUGUACUUUAUUUUUAAAGAGUUAACAGCAAGAUGUUUAUAUACAUAUAUUACAUGUUUGCCAUUGAAGACUUACUUCCUACAUGUUUUAUAUUUUUUAUACCUUAGGUGUUUUUUUUACAGUGCUCGUAAAAGUCCAUAGACUACUUUAAAAUGUUUAAACAUGUAAGCACCAUUAUUUUAAUAGUACUGUUACUGUUAUGUUUUAGCCUCGUUUUAAAAAGGGCAGGCUGCUGCAGAAAAGAAACAGGGUGCUAAGGGUUAAAAGGGCACACUGCAUCAGGAUGUGAAAAACUUCAAUAUUGUAAUCAUGACAAAAAUUGUUUGUGAAAUAUGAGUAAUUGAAGUAAUUUAAUUUCCAACUGCCAGAUAUAUCAAGUUUGUUUGUAUUAAGUAUCAUGGAAAAUGUUUUAUUGUUUUAUAACUAAAUUAAAGAAAUAUUUUUAUUAUUUAAAGCAUUCAAUUCUAGAAGGCAGAAGGGUACACAUGUCAGUCUCCUUGAGGGCACCAAAAAUGGCAGGGGGCAGCAUCCUCCAUUUACUCAUUAGCUAAAACCAUAACUGUAUUGAAAAAACCUUGUUAUGUUAUCAAUGUUUAUACGAAAAAAAAUUGUAAGGUCAAGAAUUUCCGCGUAUACUUAGCGAGUGUCAGAAAUAUAAUUUCUUGCAUUUUGAAAUAAACCUUAUAGCUGCACUCUCACAGAUUUACCGUUUUUACAACUUUGUUAUUUUUUGUCUUGGAAAAAGCAAUUUUUCUGCAAACUAGUGAUAAAAGACUGCUGACAAAUGAGAUCCCAGAUUUUCAUAUUUCAGUUCGAAAACUAAUGUUUAAUGGCUUAAAGCAUUAUUUACGGUUUAAGAAAAAUGCAAUUUUUAACUUAAAUAGAAAAAUCUGAGACUAUUUUUUGUCAACAGUCUUAUAUGAAUGGUUUACAUUCAUUUUAGCAUACAUUGGCUAGUUCCAAGACAAAAAAAUAAAAAAAGUCAAAACGUUCAGUCUGGAGAGUGCAUUUUUAAUUUAUUUCCAACUUAACUAUUUGGUAAAAAAAUAUCUCAUUACAACCUAGAACAAAACAUUCGAAAAAUUGAUUGAAACAUCAUUGAUAAGAUGGUUGAAUUAUGUAUAGUGAAAUAGAUAUCAUUUGUGACUGAUGAUUUACCACUAUAUGUUGAUGACCAGCAAACAUUCUUAUCCUGAUAUUAAGCACAAAUGGCUCAUGAAAAUAUUAUUGACAAGUGAUUUGUUGCAUGACUUAAAAUUGUUUAGUGUUGUUUUAAUGAUGCGUUAUUUUAAUUAUUAUUAAUGUACACAUGUAGUUUGCUGCUGUGAUUCAUUUUUAAAUCUGCUCAGGACUCCAUAUUUCACAACCGUGGGUCCUGAGCACACACCUAACAGUCCAAAGCUUUGCUAUAUGCAUAUAUAUCACUGAAAAAAGUGCAUCUCCAGGAUGUACAUGUUUGGGAAUAAUGAGUCCUCAGGACGGACUUGGGAAGCGCAGCAAAAUGAAUCCCUGUAAAUGCUUUGUUUACUUUAAAGUCAUUAUAGUCUGCUCUGGCUUUCAGUUUUAGAGGCAGAUGUAUUUUCAUCUGUGAAUCUCUCACACCAUUAUGUACACUUAUUGUGCAAACUGGUCCAUAAAUAUAAGCAUGCAAUAUUGUGCAAACUGGUCCAUAAAUAUGAGCAGGCAAUGCUAUGCAAACUAGUCCAUAAAUAUGAGCAGGCAAUGCUGUGCAAACUGGUCCAUAAAUAUGAGCAUGCAUUGCUGUGCAAACUGAUCAAUAAAUAUGAGCAGACAAUGUUGUGUGAACUGGUCCAUAGAUACAAGAAAGCAAGGCUGUGCAAACUGCUCCAUAAAUAUGAGCAGUCAAUGUUGUACAAACUGGUCCAUAAGUAUGAGCAGGCAAUGCUGUGCAAAGUAGUCCAUAGCUAUGAGAAAGCAAGGCUGUGCAAACUGGUCUAAAGAUAUGAGCAUGUUUGUUGUUCAAUGUACCGAGGAUGGAGGUAGCCAUGUAAAUACUGCUAAUAUGAGAGUCCCUUUGUAAAAGCUAGUUUUAAUGCCUGUAUUAAGGAGUGCAGAAUUCACAAAGCUUAUUCAAUGUGGUAAAACAAUUUACAUUAUUUAGCACAACGCUUUCAACAUGGACUAAGAAGGUUCUUGUUGUGGCAAAAGCUGGCAGUCAAUCAGUAUGUCUGAUAGUGGUUACAGAUAUGUUUUUGUUAUAAAUUCUUUUAUGUGCCACACAAAGUCAUGGAUUUAGUUUGUUUUAAAUGAUUCACAAACCUUAUUUGUUUUUUGUUUUCUUUCUGUUAUAUUUGUUUUAAUUGGUGAUAAACUCAACAUAUAUUUACAAAUGUAAAGUUCUUUUAAUAUAUUACUUUUAUAUACAAAUCAUUUCAAAUGGCUGUAAAUCUACUUUCUGUGAUAAGUGUUUAUUACAGACCUGUUUAAAACCACCCCUUAUCUGUCUUAUUUUGCAUUAUGUAAUUUUAUGACUGAUGAAGGUAUAAGUAGAUUCAAUGCUUUGUGCGAACAAAGACAUUGGUAAAACCUAUCUAAUGUUAUUGCUGCGUAAACGGGCAAAUUGCAUAGUUAGAUCGUGAUCUGUUACACUAUGUAAUGAGCAAUAAUACAACAGCUGUGUGAGGCAGAAUGUGUCUUUUUGUAACACUUUGUUACAUUCCAAAUAUCCAUCUAAAUUAUAGAUUAAAAGCAUAGGGUCUUCUUCAAGCAUUUGUAAAGCUAGUUGGAAUGACUAAACGUAUGGAUAGAUAUCUGUUACGAAGAAAGAUAUUGGUAUAAAAAUUGCUCAUUGCAUAAAGCAUCACAUAUAUUGUUGUUUUUCAACGAAAUUUGAGAGCGUUCUGCUAAUACAUGUACAACUGUCCCCUGCUAAGUGUUUACAAUAAGACUCAUGAAAGCAAAAAUAUUGAUUCAACAUGAACAUUUUGGUAUUGUAUGCUGUGUUUAGAUUUGUUUCUGUUUUUGUUUUCAUAUAAAACCAGCACAUGCAUCUGUUUAUGUACAUGUAAUAGUUUUGUUCUUUUGUAUGAUCAUGUAUUUCCUUAACAAUUAUAUCGGCUGUGGUAUUUAUUUUCAUCUACGUACAUUUAUUUCUUGAUCAUACAUUUAUAUCACAUUGAUUACUUCCUGAAAUUGUGUUCCUGAUGUAAAUUCAUACACCAAUAUUCGAUAUAUAGAACUGUCUUUGUCAUUAAAAUCAUCGUUUGAAUAAUUCUGCUUGUUUGCAAACUUACUUGCAUUUCUUAAUACUUUGUAUUGCUGCUUUUUGUAGAUUGAGCUUUUUAUUUAUCAUUUAGUAUAUAUGUGAUUUUGGGUCAUAUAUGCAUGAUGGCUUAGUUUAUAUUGUUAUGUAUUCAUUUCACAAUAAAUGUACAAGAAAUG